GAGGUGUAUAACUCGAUCUUGUUCAGUUCACCUCAAAUCUACAAAAUUUCGGUAGUGACCUUAUCUGGGUUAUUGUAAUUUGAAGAGGUAUACAAAUUUUCUGCAGCUGCAAUUGAUUUCUGCGAUUUCUGCGCUGCCUUUCUGUGGCUCUGUUAUUGUGUAAUUCAUAUUCAAGAUUGGCGAUGAUCAAUUGGUGACUAUUUUUGCAAAGCCAAAAGCGGCAAUCCUGUCUGUCAGUGACCCAACCGUCUGCCGAAAUGGACCAGUGCUCUGAGGUCAACAUCAUCGCGCGGUCGUCAUGGGGCGCCCGUCCAGCACUGGAGGAUAAAAUGGCCAAACCUUCUUUUCCCGCUAGUUCCAUUGUGUUUACGCAUACAAACGGGAACUUCUGUUACAAUCCACGGAACUGCUCUAAGAUCACCCAGGAAAUGCAGACACACGAUGUGGAUGUUAAUAAAUUUACUGAUAUUUCUUCUAACUUUUUAAUCGGCUACGAUGGAUCGGUCCUCGAAGGUAGAGGCUGGACCUCCCCACCGGUUCUGAAUCUACCUUACGAAACUUACAGCUAUGAAAUAGCGUUCAUAGGGAAGUAUCCGCCUUCUGGGGAAUUUUUUACCAAAAUGCCGUAUAAAGCGGCCGUUGCUGCCAAUGCGAUUAUUCAGUGCGCGAAAUCCAAGGGGCUUCUCAAUCAGAACUUUACCGUCACCACACAUCGAAUUAAUCCCGUCAUGCAGAAUUAUAUCAUGCAGCCCAGCUUGCUGUUAUCGCCUCCCAUUCAACCUUCCCACCCAAAAGAAGCUCAAGCGUUCCGUGACGGCUUCAUCGCAGGCACAGUACUGGCGCUGUUAAUCGGACUGUUUCUGAUCGUUUGCAUCUACUGGAGAGGCAAACAGCAGCGGGAAAGACAUAAACACUUUUGCCGCGCUACCGACCAUCGAAAGGAGCUCCUCAAGACAGUUCCAGUGGAAACCAUCGAUGGCUUCGUUAUACCACGACAUUCGAUCGAGAUAAGGGAUGAACACUUGGGAAGCGGCCGUCACGGCCUCGUUUUCGUGGGGACGUUGCAUUCAAAGUAUCUGCGAUCUGCCAGAUCGUCAUCCAUGACACCGAGCUCGCAUCUCGUGGCAGUGAAGAUGUUGCGCUGCCUGUACCAAAAGGGUCAAGCAACACGUGAGUUCCUGUCAGAAAUGGCUCUUAUGAUGAGUGUCGGGCGACAUACAAACAUCGUCAACUUAGAAGGCAUCGUUUUACAAGGCAAACUCAUGAUUGUUAUGGAAUACUGCAAAUACCUGUCCUUGGAAUCGUAUCUCCAUACACUGAGGGCGAAUCCGCUAUAUUUGCAAAUGAACUCCCUAAAUCUACAUUUGAUCGCGCCCGAAAUCGCACACGAACUCGUCCAUUUUGCCUACCAAAUAAGCCGUGGUAUGGAAUUUCUCUCCAAUAAGGGCAUAGUACAUCGGGACUUAGCGGCACGCAAUGUGCUGCUGGAUGAGAAGAAGAUAGCAAAGAUCGCCGAUUUUGGUAUGGCCAGAAACCAGCCUAUCUAUGCACUGGAGCGCGACAAAGUCCCCCUGCCAGUCCGUUGGCUAGCUCCCGAGUGCUUGCACCCCAAUAGCGCCGUAUUUUCUGCCGCAAGCGAUGUGUGGUCUUUUGGAGUGGUGGUAUGGGAAAUUUUCACUCUGGGAGCAGAACCGUAUCAAGAAGAAUUCCCCUGCGGCAUCAUAUAUGACCAACUUCGGGCUUUUUUUCAACACGCCCACCGGUUAAAAAUUCCAGAAAAUUGCCCUGAGAAAAUACGCCAAACUGUAUGUGACUGCUGGAAAAUUUUUCCCGAAGAACGCCCGCCGUUUGCCGUGAUUCGCAGUCGCAUGGAAGCGUUGGUGCCGGCUGCACAGAAAGAUUCGUACAUUAUGUGUGAUUCUGAAUGUAGUGUGAACAAGCAGGAAAGGGAAACAGCUGUAGCGACCAAUCAAGCAGACGCCCAUGUUCUCUCUGCUGAAAUGCCUUUUGUGGCAUAACGUGGACCUUUUGGUGAAUGAGAAGAUCAUCUUAAUGGUGGCUGAUGGUACUUACUACUGAGGACUAUUACAGACUGUACCAGUUUGCUACAUAAGUAUAUCUGUAACUUUGUGCUCAAACUUAUCAGCAUAGAUUCUGCUUAUCCUAAAACCGAGUGGUUACUAACUGGGAUAGACAUCAGGUGUACUCACUCGUCUCAGCGUAUGCUUCCAUACUCGGCGCUGCAGUAAGCCGAUUCUUCGUAACUUCUCUGAAAAUGCACUCACUCCCGUAAUUGAAUCCCUAUAGCUCGAGAAAUUUGAUCUUACACCUCUUGGUAAAAGUCGAUUGAUUACUGAAAGUGCGGGUUAUAACGGAGAGGCUCAGUUUAGACAAAAGUGAUGUACCGUAAAUAUGGAAUGAUAAGCCCUGGGUCAUAGUUGUUUGGAAUAUUGUAGAUCUUUUCAUAAAGUUGCGCUUUCGAAUCAAACGAGUGCAACAUUCACUUCGGCCUUCAGUCUUUCUUUAAGGAAAAUGUGCCGGUACAUGGUACCAAAUUCGGGAACACGUACGAAAACUUUCGCUCUCGCACACUUACAACACAUUUUUUUUCUUUGUUUUAUUAUGUUUUAUACGAGUAGUCAAAACGUUUGUAAUAUACGUUGGCGUGAAACCGUACGAAGGUACGAAACCGUCUGCGCGCGCAACAUCCGGUUUGACAGUUAUGGGCGAAAUAAAAUUCACAGUUUAGGCGCACGUAGGUGUUCCAAACGUCUCAUUAUCAACCGAUCCUCUUCAACUACGGUAUCAGUCAGCCAAAUAGCCGAGCCGCCGGCAUGAACACCCAGGUGCUAAUUGGACACUCAAACGGAAGCGGUGGAGUUAUGGAGUGGAGUCCAUACAGUGGACCUUUGCUCCACUGUAUGGAGCGGUGCGCCUGUAUCCACGCUGGAGCCGCUGGCUGUCGCGCAAAGAAAAGCUAUUUGAGGAAGCAACAUGGUUGUACAAAAUCCUGCACCGGAGAAGUUCCAAGUGCCCCGUUACAUCAGCGAAAUGAUCGUCGUAAAGCAGCAUGCCAAACCGUACAGCCUUUGAAGCGGAAACAGGACCUUCAUCGAAGGACGGGGAAGGACAAGAAUCGGGAAGUCCACGUUGGCGUGGAGGCUGAACAACGUUAUCGUGGAGGCUGAACAACGCUAACCGAGGCUGGAAACGACAUUUGUAGUAGCAAUUCGCUUGCUGUUUUUCGUAAUGCACUGAAGCAUGUUACCAUUACUUGAUUGCCAUCCUUUUCUUAGUACUUCCCUUUGAUUAGUGGCUUUUUAUCUAAUUUCAUUACGAUGCCUCAUGCCUGUUAUUAAGCCAGGUUUAAAUUCCCAUGCUAGAUUUCGAUCCCAGCUUUUAAUG